AGUGUCAAAAAAGGCUGGUUUGCGCGCGUGCCGCUUGUCUCACUGCAGUGAAAAAAGCAGUCAGGAGUCGAUAGGGGUGUGUUGUUGUGCGGCAGUGUUGGAGCCCAAACGGAGUCCGUAGACCCGUGAUCUUGUGCUUCAGGACCUUUCGAAAGGAGGAUACGUCUACCAGGAAAGGGCGUUCAGCGAGCGACAGCAUGCACCUGGCCGGCAUCCACCGCCUGCUGGGGCUGCUCCUGGUGGCGGGACUCUGCGACGUCCGGGCAAAGUCUCGGCACAACCGCGACGGCAGCGCCACCUACGCGGAGGAGGACGAGGACCGCUUCCUGAGCAACGAGGAUGCUGCGGUUCCGAUGGCGCCCAAGGCGAUGCCGCUCGAUUUCGAUCUCUGCGAGACGAUGGUGUGCGGACGUGGGCGGCAGUGUGACGUGAACGACGCCGGCGAGGCUACCUGCGUCUGCCAAAAGUCGUGCAAAAAGCGGAAAAAGCCCGUCUGCGGCUCGGACGGGAACUACUACAUCAACCACUGCGAGCUACACAGGGCCGCCUGCCUGUCGGCCAAGGCGAUCACCAUCGACCACAAGGGAAACUGCGUCCAUCCCGAACACGAGAGCACGACAGAGAAGCAAAACUCCACAUCGCCGGCGUCGGAGCAGCGGUUGGAGCGGACAGACGUUCCCACCUCUUGGACGAACCACCCUUCCCUGGAGACCAAAGUGAUGACCACCACGGAAUCGGAAGAUUCGACACAGCAGGACUGCACUCAGCAGGAGUACGACUUCAUGAAAGAGAACUUGCUGCUCUACAACAACGCCAAAAUGACAGACAGCAAGAAGACAGGUAAUGAAUACCUCGUGAGCAUCAUGUUUUCACACUAUGAUCACAACCACAAUGGACUGCUGGAGGCUGAAGAGCUGUGGAAAGCUGGUGAAGAAGACCGGCUGGGUCAGCUCUCUACCGUCUGCAUCCUGGCCGACAUGCUGCUCUUUGACGACACCAACCACGACGGCCGUCUUAACAUCAACGAGUUCUAUCUUGCCUUUAGUAAGUUAUACAGUGUCUCAGUUGUGUCACUGGAUAAGUCACUAGAAGUCAAUCAUGUGACGGCUCGUGUGGGUGACAAUGUGGAAAUCAAGUGUGAUGUUACGGGAACUCCUCCUCCUCCUAUUGUUUGGCGACGAAACAACAUGGACUUGUCAUCCCUUAGUGAAGACGAAAUCAAGGUCUUUGUUGAUGGAUCUCUUUACCUCACAAAUGUACAGCUGGUUCACUCCGGAAACUACACAUGCCAUGCACAGAGGAAUCAUGAUGUCAUUCAAACCCACAUUUUGCAUGUUCAAACGAUGCCCGAGGUGCGUGUCAUUCCUAAGCUGCAGUCUCGUGCCCCUGGUGAACUGGCGGAAAUGGAAUGCCAUGUGACUGGUGUUCCUACUCCGAGAGUUACCUGGCUCAAGAAUGAUGAAGGCUUAAAAAUUGCAACUGACAAGUACACUAUUGUGGGCAACGGAACUGCACUGAUGGUUGGCAAGAUAACCUACAGUGACACAGGAGCUUACAUGUGCGUUGCAUCUAAUCCAGCGGGCUCAACAAGGGACAUCAGCUCACUUGUAGUACAAGAUCAGCCCACACCAACCGCCCCAUCGGAGGAGCGUCGCUUCUUUGCAUUCCACGAUUGGGGCGUUGCGGUGUACGAUCCAGACAACUGCCGCCUCUACCAUCAGAUCCAGAGUGUGGACAUCAUUCCUGGCACCCAGGAGUAUGUCUGCGGCGACAGGGGCACCAACUGCUCCUGGGGUCGCGCCAUCAAUGUGGCCGACCGAUACGUCUACGUUUCCCAGCCAACCAAGGGUCGCGUGCUCAUCAUCUCCAGGAUACAGAUGGUUGUUGUUGAUGUUGUGGUCACAGACAAGUUUCCAGUUGACCUGCACUAUGUUCCCCAUCUUGACCAAGUGUGGGUCCUCUGCUGGAGGGGGCCAGUGGACAGGGGCACCAAAACCAUCCAGAUCAUACGAGAUGCCAGCCAGAAGAAGAAGCACCACACUGUGCACCCUGAGCCCGUUGACGGCCACUUUGACCUGGUCAGUGGCCUAUUUAUUCCGCCUUCUCAAGACCUUGGAUACCCCUGGAAGUAUGGCUAUGUUGUGCACACAAACCAACGAGGAAUGUAUAAGAUGGACCUGCGAGCAAUGAAAUAUAUUAAGACUGUUGACUUAACUCCCUACAAUUGUGCCCCAGCCAGUGCAGACUUUGCAUCCCUAGGAGGCUUCGUAAUUCUGGAAUGCCUGGAGCCCAUCACGCAGAGGCCCAUGGGUCAGAUCCUCUUGGACUACCUGACAGACACAGUGCUUUCCCACAAGACCAACUUGUUUGGAAGGCCACAUGUUUCUCCCGACUCCAAGCAUGUCAUCACAUUGCAAAGCAGCAAUAACAGCGUUAUUAUUGUUGCACAAGAGGUCACAGAGGAAGGAUUGAAGUUCCUCUUCGACGUGAAGACGACGCUCCAGAUCAGCGACGUGACGUUCUUCACCUCCCGAACGAGCCACAGCUACGACCUGUACGCGAGCUCGUCCAACAAGGAGGACAUCUUGCUGGUGAACCUGCAGGACGGCAAGGUGGAGAUGAUCACUGGCAUAGGUCGGGCCAUCGAUCCCCGGGGGGCCCAGUGGGGGAACGCCAACCGACCCAUCACCAGUGCGGGCAUCUUCGGCACCUACAUGGUCACUACCGCCAACGAAGCCGUCUUUGUGCUCAACGGCAAGACGCGAACGGUCAACUGCGAAAUUGGGAAUGUCGUCCACCCCCGCAUGAUGGUCUGGGUUCGCUCCCCGUAACGCGGCAGGCCGCCAUGUCGUCCCUGUUUCUUGUCCUGCCAUGCUUUUAAGGCCCGUUCACACACCCCCGUUCGCUUACAACCAAGUUCUCGUGAUCUCUUACGACGAAAGAACACACUGGCACGCUGGCGCCAUCUGUGAGGUGACCUUGGAACUACAUUUAACUAGAGCGAAGGUUUUGCAGCAUUUGCGAGAUCAAAUG